UUUGAAUUGUCAUUCGAAUAAAUGGCAACAUUUUUAACAUGGCCGCAUGUUGAACGAAACGAUUUUCUUUACUGUUUGCCAAAAUAAACUGAAAUAGUCGUAAUUAGUGAGCGGAUUUAUGUAGAUUGCAUAGCCGAGAGACUGAUUUGUUGGUGACAUAUAGUAAGGUGGUCUGUGAAGAUGAUGCAUCACCCGAACAUGCAUCAUCAGCCGAUCUCGGGGCACCCGCCGCAGCACAUGGGCGGGCACCAGGGAAUGCCCGCGCACCAUCAGAUGGCCCCACAUCAGAUGCACAGAGAGAACAGGCACGUAACACUAACUAGGGUGCCGCUAGGUCCGGCGCAGGCGGGCGGCGCUAUGGGCGCGCACGGCCAGGCGCUGGGCGGGCUGGGCGCCAUGGGCGUGCCGCCGCCGCACCACACGCCGCAGCGACCACCUCACCCGAUCAGGGCUAUGCCACAUCAUCCGCAAGCGCAGCACCACUCCGUACCACCGGCGUCACUGAGCUAUCAUCACUCAUCAGUCCAUUCCUGGCCACGGCCGAAGCAAGACGGACAAAACGUCGGAAAACCGCAACAAAUGAAGGCGCUCCGGCGUCCGUACGCGGUGAGCGGAGGCUACGGGCCGGGCGCGGGCGUGAUGCCACCGCCCUACGCACAGCCGCCGCCCAUGCAACCACCAGCCGUGCCUAUUGCACACACAGUGGUGGCGAGUGCGAGUACGGGCGCGGCCCGUGCGAGCGGCGGCGCGGGCGAGGCGGCGGAGGCGGAGGCGGCGCCCGCGCCCGCGCCCGACCACGACGACGCGCGCGACGCCAGCCCGCGCGACUGUUCGGCCAACAGUAAAGAGAAGACUCCCAUGUGCCUGGUCAACGAGCUGGCCAGGUACAAUAAGAUUAAGCAUCAAUAUCGCCUCACAUCAGAAACAGGACCUGCUCACAAGAAAGUAUUCACAGUAACACUCCGACUGGGUGAUACUGAGGAAUAUACUGCAGAGGGGUCAUCAAUAAAGCGCGCGCAGCACGCGGCGGCGCAGGCCGCGCUGGGCGGCACCAGCUUCCCGCCGCCGCCGCCGCGCGCGCCCGCGCCACAUGCCGCGCACCAUCCGCAUCAUAGACAUGCUGGCGCGGUAAUGCCAACAGUAGAGCUGAACGCCCUGGCAAUGAAGCUGUGCCAGCCGGCGGUGUACACGUCCAUCCCGCCGGUGGCGGGCCCGGCGCGGCUGGUGCGGGCGCGCGCGCCGGCCUACCGCGCGGCCGCGCUGCUGGCGCCCGCGUACGCGGCGCCCGCGCUGCUGUACCGCGUGCGCGUGUGCGUGGGCGGGCGCGCGUGGCUGGGCGAGGGCGCCACGCCGCAGGCGGCCCGCCACGACGCGGCGGCGCGCGCGCUGCGCGACCUGCGGCCGCCGCCCGACGCCGCGCGCCCCGCGCUGCCCGCCGCCGCGCCCGACGCGCCGCCCGCACCGCACAACCACGCCAACCACAACGAUGCCGACGCAGGGGGUGACAACAACGCCGACUUAUUGAACUCGGAAGUAAAGUCCCCCGUCUCACUGGUGCACGAGCUCGCUCUAAAACGCAAUCUCUCAGUACAGUUCACUGUCAAAUCUGAACGAGGACCACCACACAUGCGGGUAUUUGUAACUGCAUGUACGGUGGGUGACAUGGAGACGGAGGGCGAGGGCAACGGUAAGAAGGUGUCGAAGCGUCGCGCGGCCGAGCGCAUGUUGGAGGAGAUGCGGCGUCGCUGGCCGCCCGCGCUGCUCCGCGCCCGCCCGCCGCAGGACAAGCGACGCACGCAGCCCGCCAAGAAGAAACCCAGGAAUCUCAUCAAGGUCAGCGAGGAGGGCGCGGCGGGCGCGGGCGGCGCGGCGGGCGGCGCGGACAACCCGAUCUCCCGCCUGGCGGUGGCGCGGCACGCCGUGCGCGCGCGCUCCCCGCAGUACCGCGUGCUGGAGGAGCGGGGCGCCGCGCGCCGCCGCGAGUUCCUCGUGCAGUGCGACGCGCCGCCGCACUCCGCCACCGGACUCGGGCCCAACAAGAAGACCGCCAAGCGACGCGCCGCGCACAACGUGUUACUAGCGAUGGAGAUGAGCAGUAAGCCGACGGACGCGCCCCAGAACAGCAGUAGCCCGGACUCCUCCGCCACCUCGCCCGAUAGCAAGACUAACGAUACUAAGCGGAAAAGUACCGCGUCCCAGGACGGCGAGGCUGCCGGGGAGGUGAGGCAGCCAGUGCCUGGAGUACUACUCAUGGACUACCACCAGCGCACUGGACAACCACUGCAGCCUAAUGGUGUAAGUGAGACUAGUGCGACGGGCGGGUCCGGCGGGAACACGCCCGGCGCCAAGGACCAGCUCAUGUAUUUAUCGCAGCUACUAGGAUUUAGCGUACAGUUCUCCGAUUUCCCUAAGCGCAACCACGGCGAGUACCUGUCGCUGGUGUCGCUGUCGACGGAGCCGCCCGUCAUGUGCCACGGCGGCGGGCCCUCCACCGCGCACUCCCACGAGCAGUGCUCCCGCGCCGCACUGCGCGCGCUCACGCUCAUGGGGCUCGACGCACCCACGCACCCAAUACAAAGCGUAAGCAGUACUCCCGCCAAGACGAGCGUAGUAAGUAACGGCAUCGCCGAGUAGAGCACGCGGCGAGUCCCGGCCUGCAGCUAACUUCACCGCCAUCUCGCUAACUGGUCGACUAAUAUUGCAAUAUGUACCCAUGUGAAUAUCUCACAGCACGAAAUGUUCGGGACGAUCUCGCAAAAUUCAACUAUUGACUAUUUUGUGCCGUUUCCGGCUAUGAUAUAUUCACGACGUUUUGUUUGAUCUCGAGUCUUGCAACAACUAUUAAUUUUCAUCGAUGAACUUUCAUAUUUUUUUGAAUUUUAAAUGUAUAUUUUUUGUUAUACAUUGCGUUAUACGAUCUGUAAGAAACUACUUAGUUAAUUUAAUGUUUACGUUUACUGGAAUUAUGUACUGAAGCUCACAAAUUAGGUUUAAAACUUUUAUAUUUAUUACAAAAAAUGUUUGGUUGUCUUGUUUUUAUUAGGAGCAACGCUCAUCUAUCGUAUUUUUUAAAAUAACUUUAUAUUGCGACGUAAGCCAGAUAUGAUCUAAACUAGUUGCUAUGUGUAUUGGCUAUAAUAUAUACUGAAACUGUCUUAUUGUAUAAGAAUCGUAGAAUAUAAAAAUAAAAUAUCAUUAAAUUAUGUAGGAACGAAUAUUGUAACGAAACUGGGGCUGUGAAGCCAAACCAAAUGGGUUUCCUUGGGACGAGCGGCGGGCUCGGUCCGUCCCGUCCCGACGAACUGACGUUACAUCAUGCGGCCAUGGUGUACUAGGUUAGCUCCGCAGUAGUAAUCGCCGUGUCCCUCGUCCGCCUGUAGCUGCACGUUGUACGUGCGCCUCCACUUCAGUAUUUUCUACCGUUGUUCAUUGCUAUUCCUGUAUAGUUAGGAUACUCGCGGGGGCUACGGCGAUUAGGACGAUGUUUGGCCUCGAUUUUUAACUGACUUAUUAGUGGAUGAGCGUUAAGAAUAGUUCCCCUGACCCUAAGCUAUGAAAUGUGUAAUUUUAGACUAACGAUAGAUUUCACACGCUGACACGAGACGAGUUGGAUGCUGCCUGUCAACUUGGCAUAAGGUUGAAGGUUGCUUGUAUACCUAGGCUCUGUGUAACCUAUAUUUAAUGCAUGUACCACGUAAUUGUUUAGUAUAGCGUUUUAUUAUUAUUGACAUUUAAACAAUGUUCUUUCUAGGUGUUAAUUGUAAUCAAUAUAAUACAAUUGAUCGGUACAAUAUGUAUGUAUUUAAACCAUAUGUAUUGGAUUAAUGUGUGUAUGUUUAAUUAAGUUUGUGUUGUCGUGAGGAUGCGAUCCAAGCGGGACCCAGGCACCGGUCAAUUGUAUGUUCUGUACCGAGGGAUUGUACAUUUCAUUGUAAUGGGUCCGCGAUCAUACGAGCACGUACAUGUCGAUGUAACCGUGUCUUAUACUUUGCAACUGUAGUUUAUGUAAUACUACAAUCUAAGCAUUAUAUACUAGCGAUGUGUUUACUUCUUCGUUUGUACGUUCAAACGAUUUUAAAUCGAGGCCAUCGAUCAAUUUCUUCAUGUUGGAAGUUGCACAAGUAACUAAGCAUAAAGAAAUUAAACUUAUUAUUGGAUAAAGAAAAACGCCAAAAGGGCAUUAAGAAGUUUAUUUAUUUUGUUGUAAGCAACUAAUAUUUUAUAUUAUUACGUAGGUUGGAGCAAGUCCCAAUUGGAUUUCGUGCUUUUAGCAACUGUACUGUAAGGAUAUAACAAUAAAAAGUUGAAUAUUA